CAACCUAAAUGAGAAUUUACAAGAAACGCACGAAAAGUGAGUGUUGAUUUCUUGUAAUAUUUUUAUUUUUUCUCUUUACUUUUAAAAGCGGCUUCUCUGUCUGUUCACUCGGAUCUGGUGUCUUUUCGUCGUUUCUUACUAAGUCGGACGUAUUUUACACACAGAAGGGUUUCCAGACCUUUUUUUAAAUUAAGCAAGCAAAGAGAUAUCUGUUGCAUUCAUCCUUUCUCUCAUUUACAUACAUUUGGAAGACCAAAUCAACGUUUUGGAAAAUAUUUCGAAAUCGAUUUUUUCUUAAUUUGGAUUCCUCUCUUAUCAUUUCCUCAAUUAAGCGAAAUUGAUUUUUAUUCUUCUUUUCAUUAUACACGAAUUGUUGAACAUAUCCGUUCAUAUAUUCAACCAUUUAAGGAAUUCCCAUUUCGUACGAAACAGAGACCAUCGCAUAUUUUAGAUUUCCGAAUUUGUCCUCAACUCAUCUGAUAAUUAGUAACCAUGGAGUCAAAGGUAAAUGGAAUUGAGCUUUCGCCCGUGGAAAUGGCAAAGCGUAUGGCUUGCCAUAUGGCUGUUGAUGAAAAUUACCCCAAACACCCAAAGGUAAUUGGCAUUGGCAGUGGUAGUACGGUAAUUUACGUUGUUGAACGUCUUUUGACCAAACCUGGAGUCGAAAAGGUUGUCUUUCUUCCUACCGGAUUUCAAUCGAAAGAAUUAAUCGUCACUAGCGGUCUUCGUCUUGGUGACCCAGAUUGUUAUCCUGAUGUGGAUGUUUGCUUCGACGGUGCCGAUGAGGUAGACGAUAGCUUGCAGUGUAUCAAGGGUGGUGGUGCUUGCUUGUUUCAAGAAAAAUUAAUUGGAUUCUUAGCAAAGCGCCUUGUCAUCGUUGCCGAUUCUCGGAAAAAUUCCCAUAUGCUUGGUGAGUUUUGGAAGAAAGGAGUUCCAAUUGAAGUUAUGCCCAUGGCUUAUACCUCUAUCUUACCUCAAUUGGUUGCCCUAGGUGCCCUUGACCCCAAGUUGCGUAUGGGUGCUCCUGGUAAGGCCGGUCCUGUCGUUACUGACAAUGGCAACUUCAUUAUCGACGCCAAUUUUGGUUUAAUCAAGGACCCUGAGGGACUUUUUGAAAAAAUCAAGCUUUUGGUUGGUGUUGUAGAAGUAGGCAUUUUCUGCAAUAUGAUUUCUGCUGCUUACUUUGGCAGUCAGGAUGGUACCGUUACCGUCAAAAAAUCUAACGGUGAUAACCAUAUUAUUCCUCCUAAGGUUACUGUCACUGCAACCGAAGUUGAUGCAGUCGUCGCCGAAAGUAAUGCUGAGCCAUUAAAGUAGUUUUUCUGAACGAAUCUUCUAUCUUGUGCUCUUCAUUUAUCGUUUUCAUGUCAAUGUAUCAUACUUUGCUUUUUUCGUUCUUACUUUCUUUUACUCUUCGAUCCGAAAUUUGAGCGGCUUUUAAACUUAAUAAAUUUUUCAAUAAUUUGUAUUAUAAAAAAAGAUUUUUUCAAUAUAAUGAAUUUGUUCUAACAUUCAUAUACGAAUCUUUACUAUUUGCACACUCACUUUGCUCAAAGUAAUAUGUAAUUCGUAAAUAUAAAC